GAGUUGAGGCAGUCUUUGCUUUUAAAACGUUCCUAUACUACUCUUUAUCGAUCUUUGUUUUUUUAUUUUGCCAUUACUCUCUCUUACUCCUCAAAUGGAGGCCACAAGGAAAGAGCUGGAAGAUAAAAAUAGCGAUCAGAAGGCUAUGGCGGUUGAAGACAAACCUCGGGUUAGGUCCCGGCGAAGACCAUUUUUCCGAAGAAAAUGGACAACUUUAGACAAACGUUCUGCUGGUGCUUUUCUUGUUAUGCAUUUUCUCUGUGUUUUCGCACCAUUUUAUUUCACAUGGCCAGCCUUCUGGCUUGCCUUUGUACUCUACGUUAUCACGGGCUUGUUCGGUUUGACACUCUCGUACCACCGGCAUCUUACACACAAGAGUUUCAAACUUCCCAAAUGGCUUGAGUACACGUUUGCUUACAUUGGAGUCCAUACACUUCAAGGCGAUCCGAUUGAUUGGGUGAGUACGCAUAGAUAUCACCAUCAGUUUGUGGAUACAAAAAGAGAUCCACACACUCCGACACAAGGGUUUUUAUUUGGACAUAUUGCUUGGAUAUUUGAUUCAUAUGGUUUGACUAAAAAAGUUAGCCCUAAACAUGUUGAAGAUUUCGAAGCAAAAGAUGAGAAAAGAAAGAUUAGUAGAAAUAUGUUUGUGGGAUAUUUGAAGUAUGGAAGACCUAACAAUGCUGAGGAUUUACAAAAUCAAGGCUUUUACAGGUUUCUUCGAAGAACAUACAUUCUUCAUCAUUUUGGUCUUGCAAUAAUCCUCUAUGCUCUUGGAGGGCUUCCUUUUCUCACUUGGGGAAUGGGUGUAAGAACUGUAUGCUUUCAACAUGUCACUUUCGCUGUGAACUCUUUAGGCCACAUGUGGGGAAACCAACCAUGGAACACUGGAGAUCAAUCUAGAAAUAAUUGGGUGUUGGCAUUACUCAUCUUUGGAGAAGGAUGGCACAACAACCACCAUGCAUUUGAGUAUUCAGCUCGACAUGGCCUAGAAUGGUGGCAGUUGGAUGUAACUUGGUGGGUUAUUUUGUUUCUUCAAGCCAUAGGGUUAGCCACUGAUUUGAAGUUACCCUCUCAACAUCACAUGCACAAGUUGGCCAUCCAACCCAAAAGCGAUUAAUGAUACUAAAACACUAUUUAAAAUGACUUUUUAAGGAAUUAAAAAUUAAUUAUUUUAAACCCUUAAAGAGUCGUCUCAAACAAAACGUUUCAACUCUCUCUUGAUUAUUGCUCAAAGUUUAAAUUUGUAGUUUGGUGUACGAAUCAUGCCCCUUUGUUUGAUAUUGAUCAAGAAUUUAACUUUUAUGUGUUUUUCAAAUAUCUAAAAUGUAGAAAACAAAAAUAAUACUAGAAAUUAUCCUAAAGUAUGAUUUAUGAAGAUAUUUUGACCAUUUGAAUGAAGAGAGAGUGAAAAUAUUAUGUACUUUAUUUAAAGAUUAUAUGGAAUAAAGAAACUUUGGCUUUUAACCU